AUGACAAGUGCACUCCGCGAUAAAGCCGCGAUAUCGCAGAACUUUAGCUAUCAGCAAGAUAUUCGAUACAUUUUCAAAUUGAAUAACUGGAUCCUAGGUUCGCUCGGUAUUUGGCCAGUUGCGAUUCGGGGAAUCGGACAACAUGCAUCUACAAUUGCGAUCGCGCUCUGUAAUCUCGCAUUAGCCUUCGCGAUAGUGCCCUGCGCCCUGCAUAUCGUUUAUGACAAGAAAGAUAUUACUAUAAAGCUUAAAUUGUUUGGUUUACUGGCAUUUUGUCUUACCGCCAUGACGAAAUACUGCAUUCUCGCGAUACGUCGCCCUAAAAUACUGCGCUGCAUCGAAUAUGUGAAGAGCGAUUGGUGGCAGGUGACACUUAAAAGUGAUCGUAAAAUGAUGCUGAAGUAUGCUGCCACCGGUCGCAAUUUAACGAUAAUCGGCGCAUCUUUCAUGUAUACAGCCGGCAUCAUUUAUCACAUGAUUUUGCCGUUCUGCUCCGAGCAUAAAGUUAACAAUCAAACCGUCAAACCACUCGUGUAUCCGACUUAUAGUAAAUUUCGCCACUCCCAAAUUAGCCCGGUAUACGAAAUUGUGUAUGUAGCUCAUUGCAUGUGCGGAUACACCAUAUAUUCGAUAACAGCUGGUGCAUGCGGACUGGCAGCCCUAUUUGCCACUCACGCAUGUGGUCAGAUCCAAAUGAUUAUAACGCGAUUGGAAGAUCUCUUAGAUGGUGAAAAAUUCAAACAAGGUCACAAUGUUCAUCAACGAAUUGCUGCUAUCGUGAAAAAUCAUGUUCGCGUAAUAAGGUUUGCGGCCAUUGUAGAAGAAGUUUUACAAGAAGUAUGUUUGGUGGAAUUUACUAGCUCUGUAUGCACGAUUUGUCUGCUCGAAUACUACUGCAUAUUGGAUUGGCAACAAGAUGAUAGAGUUGGAUUAGCGACUUAUUCUUUGCUCCUUGUUUCGUUUUGUUUCAAUGUAUACAUAUUAUGUUAUAUCGGUGAGCUUCUUAUGGAAAAGAGCAGUCAAAUUGGAUUGAUAUGCUAUACGAUAAAUUGGUAUCAAUUAUCGCCAAAAUCAGCCCGCAGUCUUAUACUAAUGAUCGCCAUGGCCAGUCAUCCCAUAAAAAUCAGUGCCGGUAGAAUGGUAGAUCUAUCAAUAUUAACAUUUGGAAAUGUAUUAAAAACCAGUGUAGCAUAUCUGAGCUUCCUCCGGACGUUAAUUAUGUAA